UCCGUUUCCGUUUCAGGGAAUCGGUGCUAAAGGCGGAAGUUUGCGUCCGGACGGAAAUGCCGCUCCUCGGUGUGCCUUUUUCUCUCACUACUAGUUGAAGCGACUGGGGCGCCGGGACAGAGAUCAGCGGGAAACAUUCGGGCUGGUUGAACAUUUCCGCGGUCAGAAAGGCGGAGGAGCCGCCAGAGAUCCGGACAGAUCAGCUGAGGAGGAGGAGGAGGAAGAGGAGGAGAACAUCCCUAGAUGAGGAGCGGCUGAGCGCCCGCCGGCGCCUGGAGGGUUAACUUCCAGCCUUCCUGCCUGAACGGGGUCUGGGGGGCGAUGAGAUAAGAUGCCGGGGUCGCUGAGCAAUGAAGAGGAGGGACAGGACGACAUGGAUUUGGAAGAGGAGCUGCCAGAUGAGGAUGAUGAUGGCGAGCGCCGCACCGUCCCCCUCACACCCCUUGCCAGCUUCUUCUCCGAUGAAGACUCCCUCAGAGAACAGAAGAGGAAGAAGCCCAAAAAGAUGAAAGAGGGGAAAAUACCCAAAGUGAAAAAGAGGAAGAAAGAGGGAGGACUCCACAUCCGACUGGACAGUGACCCGGAGACGUCGGAGGUGGAGGAUGAGCGGGAGCGCCCGGACAUUGGCUCCGGGAGUGAGAGCAGUACGUACGUCACCAUGAAGAAGAAGAAGAAGAAACCCAGGGAGAAGAAAGAGAAGAAGCCCAGGAAAAAGAAGAGGGACGGGGAGGAAGAGGAAGACGGCAAUGAUGACGGGAGCAUGAAAGAACCCAAAUCCUCCGGCCAGCUGAUGCAUGAAUGGGGUCUUGAAGAUGUUCAGUACGGCUUCACAGAGGACGACUAUAAAACCAUCACCAACUACAAGGCUUUCAGCCAGUUCCUGAGGCCUCUCAUUGCCAAGAAGAACCCGAAGAUCCCCAUGUCAAAGAUGAUGACUGUGCUGGGGGCCAAAUGGAGAGAGUUCAGCGCCAACAACCCGUUCAAGGGCGCAUCCGCCACCGCUGUGGCUGCCGCUGUGGCCGCCGCCGUGGAAACCGUCACCGUGGCUCAGCCCACGCCCGUCAGCUGCAGCCAGCCCACUGCUCAGCAAGGUCCAUUAAAAAAAGCCAAAACCAAAGAGGGAAAGGGACCCGGGGUCCGGAAGAGGAGCAAGGCCGUGAAGGAUCUGAAGAAAAAAGCCAAGCCCAAAAAGACCAAAUCAAAGUCAGGCCAAAGCGGGAAGAAGAAGAAGGCGUCUUCGAGCGAGGAGGACUUUCUGGAGGAGUCGGACUUUGACGACAUCAGCAUCCACAGUGCCUCUGUGCUUUCUGACACCUCCGGGGCGGCAAACAAGAAAAAGGCCCGGCGUGGGCGCAAGAAAAGGAAAAAGGAGGACGGCGACGGCUACGAGACAGACCACCAGGACUACUGCGAGGUCUGCCAGCAGGGCGGAGAAAUCAUCCUGUGUGACACCUGUCCGAGAGCCUACCACCUGGUGUGUCUGGACCCUGAGCUGGAGAAGGCCCCCGAGGGCAAGUGGAGCUGUCCCCACUGUGAAAAGGAGGGAAUCCAGUGGGAGGCCAAGGAUGAGGAGGAGGACGAGGAGGAGCCGGUGGGCGAGGAAGAGGACGACCACAUGGAGUUUUGCAGAGUUUGCAAGGAUGGAGGGGAGCUGCUGUGCUGCGACACCUGUCCGUCAUCCUACCACAUCCACUGCCUCAACCCGCCCCUCCCUGAGAUCCCCAACGGGGAGUGGUUAUGUCCCCGCUGCAUGUGUCCCCCUCUCAAAGGAAAGGUCCAGAAGAUUUUGCAUUGGACGUGGGGGGAGCCCCCGCUGCCGGCCGAGCCGCCGGCAGGACCUGACGGAAAGCCGUCCGACCCCCUGAGCAACCCCCCGCUGAAAGGCCGCCCGGAGAGGGAGUUCUUUGUGAAGUGGGCGGGGCUGUCGUACUGGCACUGCUCCUGGGUCAGCGAGCUGCAGCUGGAGCUGUACCACACCGUCAUGUACCGCAACUAUCAGAGGAAGAAUGACAUGGACGAGCCCCCCCCAUACGACUACGGCUCCGGGGAGGAGGAGAUCAACAACGAGAAGAGGAAAAGCAAAGACCCCCAGUACGCGGUGAUGGAGGAGCGCUUCUACCGCUACGGCAUCAAACCCGAGUGGAUGGUCAUGCACCGGAUACUCAACCACAGUUUUGAUCGGGACGGUGAUGUGCACUACUUGAUCAAGUGGAGGGACCUGCCGUAUGACCAGUGCACGUGGGAGGUGGAUGAUUUCGACGUCCCGGAGUACGACAGCCAUAAAGCUUGUUACUGGGACCACAGGGAGCAGAUCUUAGGCGAGGAUCAACGCCCCCUUGUGGUGAGGAAAGGGAAAAAGCUACGAGAGGAACAUCAGAAGAGAGAAGCUCCCCCUGAUGCUCCCAUCAUAGAUCCCACCAUCAAGUUUGAGCACCAGCCCUGGUACAUUAAUGCCACCGGAGGGACGCUGCACCCGUACCAGCUGGAAGGCCUGAACUGGUUGAGGUUCUCGUGGGCUCAGGGGACCGAUACCAUCCUGGCUGAUGAGAUGGGUCUGGGAAAGACGGUGCAGACAAUUGUGUUUCUCUACUCGCUGUACAAAGAGGGUCACUCUAAAGGGCCGUUUUUGGUCAGCGCCCCUUUGUCCACCAUCAUCAACUGGGAGAGAGAGUUUGAGAUGUGGGCUCCAGACUUCUAUGUGGUGACGUACACCGGAGACAAAGACAGCCGGGCGAUCAUCAGGGAGAACGAGUUCACCUUUGAGGACAGCGCCGUCAAGUCUGGACGCAAAGUGUUUCGGAUGAAGAAAGACACUCCCAUCAAGUUCCACGUUCUGCUCACGUCCUACGAGCUGAUCACCAUCGAUCAGGCCAUCCUGGGCUCCAUCUCGUGGGCCUGCUUGGUUGUAGACGAGGCGCACAGACUGAAAAACAACCAAUCAAAGUUUUUCAGAAUCCUCAACGGGUAUAAGAUUUACUACAAGCUGCUCCUCACCGGGACUCCUCUUCAGAACAAUCUGGAGGAGCUGUUCCAUCUGCUGAACUUCCUCACCCCCGAUCGCUUCAACAACUUGGAGGGCUUCCUAGAAGAGUUUGCAGACAUCUCAAAGGAGGACCAGAUCAAGAAGCUCCACGACCUGCUGGGCCCACACAUGCUCAGGAGGCUGAAAGCCGACGUCUUCAAGAACAUGCCUGCAAAGACGGAGCUGAUCGUCCGGGUGGAGCUCAGUCCCAUGCAGAAGAAGUAUUAUAAGUUCAUCCUGACCCGGAAUUUCGAGGCCCUGAACUCCAAAGGUGGAGGGAACCAGGUGUCUCUUCUCAACAUCAUGAUGGAUCUGAAGAAGUGCUGCAACCACCCGUACCUGUUUCCUGUUGCUGCUGUGGAAGCUCCUGUGCUCCCCAACGGCUCCUACGACGGCAACCUGCUGGUGAAGUCGUCGGGAAAGCUGACGCUGCUGCAGAAAAUGCUGAAGAAGCUCAAAGACGAAGGUCACAGAGUUCUGAUCUUCUCCCAGAUGACCAAGAUGCUGGAUCUGCUGGAGGAUUUCCUGGAGUUUGAAGGUUAUAAAUAUGAGCGUAUCGAUGGGGGGAUCACUGGAGGCCUGAGGCAGGAGGCCAUAGACCGCUUCAACGCUCCGGGCGCGCAGCAGUUCUGCUUCCUGCUUUCCACGCGGGCGGGGGGUCUGGGCAUCAACCUGGCGAGUGCAGACACCGUCAUCAUCUACGACUCGGACUGGAACCCGCACAACGACAUCCAGGCUUUCAGCAGAGCGCAUCGCAUUGGCCAGAACAAGAAGGUGAUGAUCUAUCGCUUUGUGACUCGGGGCUCCGUGGAGGAGAGAAUCACUCAGGUGGCGAAGAGGAAAAUGAUGCUGACCCACCUGGUGGUGAGGCCCGGCCUGGGCUCCAAAACGGGCUCCAUGUCCAAACAGGAGCUGGACGACAUCCUCAAGUUUGGAACCGAGGAGCUGUUCAAGGAUGAAAUGGAGGCGGCUCGAACCAUGGGCGAUAACAAAGACGGAGAGGAGGGCAGCGUCAUCCACUACGACGACGACGCCAUCUCCAAGCUGCUGGACCGCAGUCAGGACGCCACCGAGGACACGGACAUUCAGAACAUGAACGAGUACCUGAGCUCCUUCAAGGUGGCCCAGUACGUGGUGAAGGAAGAGGACGGAGAGGAGGAGGUGGAGAGGGAGAUCAUCAAACAGGAGGAGAACGUGGACCCCGACUACUGGGAGAAGCUCCUGCGGCAUCACUACGAGCAGCAGCAGGAGGAUCUGGCCCGGAAUCUGGGCAAAGGCAAACGCAUCCGCAAACAGGUCAACUACAACGACACCACCCAGGAGGACCAAGAAUGGCAGGAUGAUCUUUCAGACAAUCAGUCGGAGUACUCCGUGGGGUCCGAGGACGAGGACGAAGACUUCGAGGAGCGACCUGAAGGGGGACGCAGACAGUCUCGCCGGCAGCUGAAGAACGAGAAAGACAAACCUCUGCCUCCGUUACUGGCCCGGGUUGGAGGCAGCAUCGAGGUCCUGGGGUUCAACGCUCGCCAGAGGAAAGCCUUCCUCAAUGCCAUCAUGCGCUGGGGCAUGCCCCCACAGGACGCCUUCAACUCGCACUGGCUGGUCAGGGACCUGCGAGGGAAGAGCGAGCGGGAGUUCAGAGCCUACGUCUCCCUCUUCAUGAGACACCUAUGCGAGCCGGGCGCCGACGGAGCAGAAACGUUCGCCGACGGCGUCCCUCGAGAGGGCCUGUCCCGUCAGCACGUUCUCACCAGGAUCGGAGUCAUGUCACUGGUCAGGAAGAAGGUGCAGGAGUUUGAACACGUAAACGGUAAGCUGAGUUCUCCUGAUCUGAUUCCCAUCGGAAUAGAGCUGAAGAAACUGACGGAGAGCGUGUCUUCUGAUCCCAACACUCCGGCGCCCGCCAGCCCCGCCGCCACGCGGCCCGGCACCCCCAUCCCUCAAGAGAAGACGGAGUCUUUGAUGGGGGGCUGUGAAGACAAGGAGACGACCGAACAAGAUGGAAGAAAAGGGCCGGAGCAGGAAGUGACAGAACCAGAACCUGUCCCUGAUAAGGCGUCUGACGGUGAAGACAAAGCUGUCAUAGACGACAAAACCAGCGAUGACAGGAGCAGAACCGAGCCCCCCCCCACAAAACCGGAGCCCACGGAAACGCCCCCCGCUCAUCCCGCCCCAAAAGCAGACUCCAAAGAAAUCGUGAAACCCUCUGAGAAAAGAGACUCCGCCUCCCCGCCAGACAAAAAUGAAGACAAGGAAAACAAGCCAGACGAAGCGAAGAGCGACGAGCCGCUGGAGAGUCGCCUAAACGGAGACAGAGACACGCUGGAGGAGACGGAGGACAGCCGCAAGGAGGACAGGAACGGAUUCAAGGCCAAGUUCAUGUUCAACAUCGCUGACGGAGGGUUUACAGAGCUCCACACCCUCUGGCAGACCGAGGAGAGAGCAGCCACGUCUUCACCCAAGAUGCACGACAUCUGGCACCGUCGCCAUGACUACUGGCUGCUGGCUGGCAUCGUAACACACGGCUACGCGCGCUGGCAGGACAUCCAGAACGACCCUCGCUACGCCAUCCUGAACGAACCCUUCAAGUCCGAGAUGCACAAAGGGAACUACCUGGAGAUGAAGAACAAGUUUCUGGCUCGCCGCUUCAAGUUGUUGGAGCAGGCUCUGGUGAUCGAGGAGCAGUUAAGGAGGGCCGCGUAUCUGAACAUGACCCAGGACCCCAGCCACCCAGCCAUGGCCCUCAACACCCGCUUCACUGAGGUGGAGUGUCUGGCCGAGUCCCACCAACACCUGUCCAAGGAGUCUCUGGCCGGGAACAAGCCCGCCAACGCCGUGCUCCACAAAGUGCUGAACCAGUUGGAGGAGCUGCUGAGUGACAUGAAGGCCGACGUGACCCGACUGCCCAACAUGCUGUCCCGGAUCCCGCCCGUGUCGGCGCGCCUGCAGAUGUCCGAGAGGAGCAUCCUGAGCCGCCUCACAAGCCGGGGCGGCGAACCCCCCCCGCAGCAGACUUUUGGCCAGGGCGGGUUCGCCUGCUCACAGAUGUACGGCGGCGGUUUUGCUGCAGGAUUCAGAGGACCUGGCGGACAGCCCAUGGUUAACUACAGUCAGAUGCCCUUAGGACCUUACGUCAGCGUGUCAAAUGGCACCGCACUACCCACAAGCCAUCUGGACAAGAAAUCCCUGGACUCCCUGAGAGACGUGGGAACUCCUGACCUGAAAUCAGGCAAACCUACCGAUGUCAUCUGCAUUGAGGACUAGACGAAAUCCCAGGGAUGGAGUCUGCGUGGACCCGAUCUGCUCCGCCCCCGGGCUCCUCCUCCUUUUUCCCAGCCUUUUUGGAUUCAUGUACCUAUCUUAAAGAUUGCACUUUUUAUCUUUUAAAGAACUUGCAGACCUAAUUCAGAGGGUUUUGGCUCUGUUUACCUGUGAUGAGGAAUGGCGGGAGAGGCCGUUCCUCUGGAAGAGGACAAGCAAAUCCCGUUUGAUUCAUUUAAUCCUGGAAUGUGAGUUUUAUCUGCGCGAGCUGCGCUUGUUGUUUUUUUGUUUUUUUUCCGUUCGCCAUCUUACUUUUACCCGCUCGCUAACGCACUGUGACACUGUGACCGUGUGCCGCUCUGGGACUUGAUGCCUGCGGAGAAGAGGAAGCUGCUUUCUGAAGCUGAUGUCUUUUAAGCGACUUUCCAUGAAUUUGUGUUCCUCUCCUCCUAGAAGGCAGCAGAAGGAAUCUUGAUUUAGUCAUGGAUGCAGCCGCAGACAUGAUCCACUGCCACCUGCUGUUUUACCUGGAUAAAGUCAUCUCUGCUCCGCCCACAGCGCCUGUCCUAAUGUAUAUACUCAGAGACUGCAGUGUAUUUUACCUCAUAAGGGACUAACGAGGCUGAACAUGUACAGGAUGAAGUCAAAGAGCUGCCUUGGAGCUGCAGAUGGAAAUGGAGCUUGAACUUUGGGAGAGCCCGGAAGGAUUUGGGUGCAUUUUAAACCAGACUUUAGUAUUUCUGUGUACGGUACAAUAUUUGUGAUUUUAUUUUCUUCUUCAUAUGAAUGUUAGCUACAGCUGUACAGCUUAAACUUGGUGCCAUGGCCACAUUUAGAGCUUCAGACCCACUGAAAGUCUUGAACGGAGGGUUGUGUUUGUUUUCUUCACACGUCCCAGGGAUUUCCCCCCUUCUUUUUUCAAAUUGAAAGCAACGAUGGACGGCUUUUGUUUUGGCUCCUCAUAGAGUCCGAUCAAAUCAGGUGUGUUACGAUUUUGGUGCCAUGGAGGAAGAAGAAUCUCCACGGAGACUUUCCUCUGACUGAAUGGCCUCUGCAUGUCGCCUCCUAAACCACAGUGCAUCACAACAUUAUUCUCAUCUCUGCUUAGUCCUGUUUGGUUCUCAUUGGCUGUUUUGCGGUGUAUGAAAAUAUGUUAUAACUUUAACUGGAUCAAUCUUCUGUCCAAAAAAGAAAUUCUGUCACUGCUGAGCCGUUAACCUUCAUUCCCUAUAAUACAGGUUAAAAAUAAUUUGUUUCUGUUGACCUCCGUGUCAAACAACAUUUAAGCUGUUGGAUGUGGUCCUGCUAAAGAAGUCACCGCGGCGUGGGGAUAUGCUGCUAUGAAAACCCUGGAAAUAUGUGAUAGUGCCUUCACAAAUCUGCACACAUCCCAUAAAUAUCUGUCAAUAGUGCUGCUCUGGAGGCGACAUGAAUCUGAGGCAAAAAAAACAACAACAACUUUCAAAUCUCACCCCGGUGAUUGUCGAGCCUUUUUGACCCCAUGUUGCAGGAAUUCUGGGAAAGGCCGUCAGUGUUCAAAUCAAUCAAACUUUAUUUAUAUAGCACUUUUUCAGUGAAAGCAUAACACAAAGUGCUUAACAUUAAAACAAAAAAAUAAUAUAAAAACAAGCUCGAAAAUUAAAAGAGCCCCAUGCCCGUACCUACACACAACCCCCCACCCCUUUCACACCUCCCACCCCCUAACUGACGGGGAAAGACGAUGAGAAAAUAGGCUGAGCACUGGAACCUCCCUCUCUGUGAAUAGCUGCAUAGACAGCCAAAUGCAGCACCACAGACGGGGCCAGCCCCACCACAGGCGGGGCCAGCCCCACCACAGACGGGGCCAGCCCCACCACAGGCGGGGGCCAGCCCCCCCACAGACGGGGCCAGCCCCACCACAGACGGGGCCAGCCCCACCACAGGCGGGGGCCAGCCCCACCACAGACGGGGCCAGCCCCGCCACAGGCGGGGGCCAGCCCCCCCACAGACGGGGCCAGCCCCACCACAGGCGGGGCCAGCCCCACCACAGGCGGGGGCCAGCCCCCCCACAGAUGGGGCCAGCCCCACCACAGACGGGGCCAGCCCCACCACAGGCGGGGGCCAGCCCCACCACAGCUAAGCGGCAAAGCAGGCCCCCAUUUGGAGCUGCAGCGGCUGAACAGCAGCGGACCCAGAAGGAGAGGUCCCAACUGAGGAAGCACCGGAAAUAAAAAUGAGAAUGAAAAAGUAAACAUACUGAUAAAAGCAAUAAACAAUAAAACCUUGAAAUAAGGUCAAUUAAAUUAAAUUAUUGAUAAUCUAAAAUUCACAAAACAAGAUAAAAUGGAUAAAUACAAAAGUAUAAUUAAUGAAGUGUUAUCAACACCCUCAUUCCUAUUUUGGCUUUUUUUGCGUUUAGAUUUUUGUUCUUUGGCAAACCGUCAAAAAUGUUUUAAACUUCUGCACCCUCAUUAAUUUUCUUAACCUUUUUUCCCUUUCGGGGUCACGGGGCUGCCGGAGCCUAUCCCGGCCACUUGUGGCUUCUGCAUCCUUUCUUACAAAAACGAGAGAAAUCUUGUCAAAGAGUGACAUUUAGUAUAACUUUCAACACGUUGACCCACUAGCAGUUCCCUUUCAUGACUUGACAUUUAUGUUUCCACCUGGUUUUGGGCGGAGCUUAACUUUGACUGUAUUCCAACUUUUUGAAGGUUGUUGCCGGUAAAUCAAUAAUAGAUCGAAACCACUGACUGUAUUUGACAACUGGACUGAGUGACCCCGCCCCCUGCCGUUCCAAACAGGAAGUGGCUCCAAGAAGCCAAAAUUCCAUAGACGUCAAUAGAGAAACAAACAGCUGCUCCUCAGUCAUUCUAUUGGUCAGAAGAGCCGUUCUUGCUCGCAUACCUUUUUAAACAUCGCCUUGGGAAUCCUCAUCCCCCCCAGAUUUCUUCUGUAGUUCUGGUUACAAAAAUUAACCAAUCAGAUACUUCAAUACAAGUAGGUGGAGCCUGGUGACCCCACUUUUAAUGCUUCAUUGACAAAUUCACCUAAGCAAGCUUUUAGGGGGUAGGGGUGUGGCCUUUCAACAAGCUCUCUUGGUGAGAGUGGUUGCUAUAGAAACGUCGACUCACUGUUUAUUGGCGACCUCUGGAUCCAACAUGACGGCGUCCAUAUAAAAUAAUGGCGGCUGAACGGACGGCAGCUGGAAGAGAACCCUUUUCUAUGGCUGACGUUGCUCAGUCCAGUUCUCCGAUACAGUCAGUGGUUCCAACAAAGAAACACUGCAUUUGAAAUAUUCUACAUUAAAAUGUUUCUUUGAUUGCCAACAUUUACCUUCGCGUUAACAACAUGAUUCAGCUUUUUAGUGAACUUCUCAGCUAAUUGUUGUGUUUAUUUUUUUAAAGGAGUGUCGAUGCAUUUGGAUGGAAAUUGCCGGUCUUUUUACUCCAUCUUUGUCUUCUUCUGUUCCAAACAUGGUGGAAUUUUGUUGCCUUGACCCGGUUGUCUUUAGAAGGUCCUGGACGACAUCUCCGAUGGUCUGAAACGAUCAGGACCUCCCAACAUCCUCUGGCUGGAAUCUCAAAGUCAGUUUUGCAAACACAACCAGACAGCAUCGUGCGAUGAACCUUAACCCCCCUCUGUGCCCCCCCCUUUUUCCGUGUUACUCUUUGUUAGUGUCCGUCAGUGCGUAUCGUCAACGCCGGCGUUCUUCGUCGUGCCAUCAAUACUUGAGUUAAACGUGUUACUUGACAGACGGGACCUCAGAAAAAUGUAAAUACUUGAAGGAUUUUUCAGAGAUACAUUUUUUGUAUUUGGGUAAAAAUGAUGAAUGUUCCCUGAAUGGCGUCGCCAUGGAACUGCCAUGUGCACAGCUCGUGCUCAUCAAUCAGAAUCAUGUCCUUUCCCGUUGGAGCAGUGACGUCAGAACAGACAACGAAAUGCAAUCAAACUGAAGUCGGUAUGAAUGUAACGUUUGUUAAAAAGGCUUCAGUCUAAUACUAUAAAUAUGUUAACAAUGUAUGUACUUGCUUACUAAGUUGGCUUCAAAAGCUACCAAAAGACCCUGAAAAGGCACCUUUGUUGCAGUGAAUGCACAGCAUGUGACGCGUUUGACAGUUCACUUUCAGGGGGGGGGGGCAGCCGUGUUUCCAGCAUUUACCAUGAGCAGCUUUCUGGUUCUGAUGUUUGUGCUGUAUAGCAACUGAGUGGAAAAGUGAAUUGUCAUCUUUUUAUUUGUAUUCUGUGUAUCUGUUUGACGUGUUUUAUUAAAUCUCCUGGACAACAGGAA